AUGCGACUCAUACUCGGUAAGGAACGCUUACUAUUACUUUUACUUUUUAGUCGGGCGGGCGGAGGCCGAGGCUUCUUUACAUUAUUAAUUAAAUGAAAGGCGCCCGAUUUAAACAGCAUUUCCUUAAAUAAGUAGCUUUUGAGAUAAGUAUUAUUUAUCAUAUUUUUAAAUGUUGAUGUUGGUUCCUUUUUUUUUAAAUUGUUAUUUCAUUAUUUUUAAUGAUAUUGAUAGUUUUUUUUUAAUAAUAGGUGAUACUAAACAAUAUUAAAUAUCUAUAUAAAUAAAGAUCAUCAUCAGCCCUUUUACGUGCCCACUGCAGGGGCUUAGGCCUUCCUUAUCGAUGGUUAAGGAGGAUGGGCCAUGACCCUCCACGCUGGCCCAAUGCGGAUUGGAGGGUAUUAACGACUGCAAAUGCAGCCGGGACCAACCGCUUAACGUGCCUUCCGAAGCACGAAGUAGCUCGAGAUAAUAAUUUUUUGGUCACCCAUCCCGUGACCGACCUUUGCGAAAGUUGCUUAACGACAAUGAUCGCAGGCUGCGGCGCUUAUCCACUACGCCACCGAGCUUUGCAUACUAAAUAUCAUAUCCAUAGUUAUACUCUUGCUAAUAACAUUUUUAUUUCAUUUUACAACAGCACUUAGUUUGAUCGUGCUGCAGCACGUAGCACCGGGCUGCAGUCGUGUAGCGCGCCCCGUCCCAUCGGCCCUUAGAGCGGACGCCACCCUCGCGAAUCAAGAGCUCACUGAUCUCCUGCUGCCACUCCUGGACCACCUCGACGACAGCGGACAUGAUACAAAGAGGAAACGCCUGCUUGAAAUCAUGCCAGUUCCGAAGGGUCACUCCAAGAAAACACCACUUCUUAUACUCGCUUCUGAAAUACCAACGCGAAAUAUUAAUGAUAACGCCGACCCUACAGACCUCGAUAGCUCAAAGAGCAAUGUGGUUAAUGUAAAAUUAAAUGAACAUCGUGAAAAAAAUAGUAAACUGAAACAUGAAGAAGAAAUAGAUUCAAAUGAAAGUAAUGAUGAUGCCGUCAAUGAAAAGGAACUACGUUUUAAAUCGAAACUCAAUUCUAAUAACAUCAAUAAUGUCAGUGAAAACAAAGAUGUCAAAACACAUAUUAUUGUCGAUGAAAAUAAAAAUAACCAAUAUGUUGAAGAUGAAAAAAGCGGAGAAGAAUAUGAUCAUAAUGAAGAUAUUGAACAAUAUAUAUCUGAAUUACUUAAUAAUUUGUCAACUGAAAAACAAAGCAAAGAGCAGGUUCCCGUCAAGACAACAAAACUUUCUUCUGUAGAAAAAUCUGGCGAAAAUACAAGUGUUAAGAACAAAAAUCAUGUUCAUUUCAAAACUAUCAAAUCAUCUGACGUUCAAAGCAAGCCUGUUAUAUUUGGAGAUGACGAUAUAGAAAUCAAUAAACGAAAUAAAAAAAAUGAAAAACCUGUAAAAUUAAAUUCUGAAAAUCAAGACCUUGUUCUUAAAUCAGUUAAUAAACCACAAACUGAUACAUCCAGAAUUACACAAAAUGAGGACGUUGUGGUCGUCCCAUCAGACACACGCAGACAAUCAACCGACAAUAAAGGAGGUGAUGAUGAUGAAUCUGAUACAAAUAAUGUUAAUGUAGUUGUUACAUCAGUUGGUGGUGAUACCUUAAAACAAAAUACCGAAGCAAAUGAUUCUCAAAGAGUCUUAUUAAAGGUAAGCGAGCCCAAUGAAAGUUCACUUCAAGAAGUAAUUGAGAAAACUAAAGGUAUUACGGCAGUACUCUCUCCAAAUAAAGAACAAUCAAUAGAUAAUUCACCGAAAAGCUAUAAUGUUUUAAAAAAUGCGGGAAUUGUAUCUCAAUCAAGCGGAGUAGUCUCUACGGUGGGGGUAUCGAGAGAAAAAGAAGUAAUUGUGGUCAAACCAAAUGAUAUCCGAGUCAAAGUGCAUAAUGAUGAUAAUUAUCUGGUGGUUUCAAGAGAAAACAAAGUGGUUGUAAUUAAACCAAGUGAGAUCGAAGUUGAAGUGGUCGAUGAUGAUGAUCAACUUACAUUAGAAAAAGAAAUAGUUGUGGUCAAGCCAAGAGACGUAACAGUUAACGUGCAAGACGAUGAUGUUUCUGCAGAGGUUACAGGAGAAAACGAAAUCGUUGUGAUAAAACCAAGUUACAUCGAAGUCACAGUGCGUAAUGAUGAUGAAAUGGUUACGAGGCCAGCCAAAGUGCUUGUGAUCAAACCAAGAGCGAUCGAUGUCGAGGUCAUUGAUGAUGAUAAUGAUUCUAUCAAUAAAAACUCAAAACUGCGAUUGCCUAAAGGUGUUAGUAAAGAUUUGGUCAAGAAUAAAAACGUUGAGGUUACCAAUAAUGGAGAAGUUAGAGCUACAAUCGAAGUGACAGGAGACCAAACAGCCGAAGAUGUAUUAAAAAAUGGGUCCUUGGAAGAAAUUCUUAGGGCCAUCGGCGAAAUAGGCCACACUAGAGUACCAGACGUUUCAGCCAACAAAUGUGACCAAACAUACGAUAGGGACGUACUGAAAGGAGUCCACAAAUCAUUCAAUCUCUCAUUUCGUUUCAAUAAAUAAUCACACACGAUUGCACAAAAUGUCGGAUUAGCACUAUUUGAUAAUUUUGUGUUUUGAUCGUGUUAUUGACUUUAUAUUAUAUAUAAACCGACUGGCGUAUCCCAUGGACCCGAUAUAAUUAUACUUUAAGAAUGUAUGUAAAGUAAUUUUGGAUCUCUUUUCUAAUUGUAAGUGUUUCCUGCAAUAAAGAAUGCUGAACAGCAACAAAGGCUUUUACUUACCAUUAUUAUUGUUUCAUCUAUAUAAUAUUUUAGUGGUUUUCCCGCGACUUCGUACUCGUUAAUUAUAGCCUAUGUCAUCCGCGUAUGAUGUAGCAUGCCCUAAGUGAAUGAAUGUUUAAAAUCAGCUCAGUAGAGUCAAACAAACAUAUUUACACAUAUUCAAAAAAUAGAACUGACUUCAAAUUUAAAAUAAAACUAUUUCAAUUGUGUAGUUAUUUAGUAUUACUUAACA